AUGACGGCUACCAAAGUUAUCGACCAAAAGCCUGACUUGCAACAAUCUGAUGCCGCCAGCUAUGGCAAUGGGAAACUGGAGCCAGUGCUCACUCUCGACGACGAUGAUAGACUGGCGCAGAUCGGACACGCUCAGGAGUUGAGGAGAGACUUUUCCGUCUGGAGUGUGAUGAACCUGAUCCUUUGUUUGAUGGCAACCUGGGAAGCACUCAGCACGGUCAUCUCAACGGCAUUGACGACAGGAGGUGCCCCUUGUCUGUUCUGGAAUCUAUUAGUGUCCGUUAUUUGCUCGAUAGCCAUCGCACUGUCUCUAGGAGAGAUCGCUUCGAUCUACCCAACUGCGGGAGGGCAGUAUCAUUGGGUAGCCGCGCUGUCUCCACCAGCGACUCGUUCUGUCGCCUCUUGGUCCGUUGGUUGGAUUAACGUCGGAGGCCAGAUCGUCCUCAGUGCAGCUGCUGCAUUCGCGGGCUCGCUACAAAUUCUCGGAGUUGUCAUUCUGAAUGAUGACACAUACGCGCUCAAGCGAUGGCAGGGACUGCUCCUAUACUGGGCAAUCCUGAUCUAUGGUGCUGCGAUCAAUAUCUGGGGCUCGAGGCUCCUGCCCGCAACGAACAACAUAUCCGGUGUCAUCCAUCUGGUGGGAUUGGUGGUCAUCAUGAUCGUGCUAGGCGUCAUGAGCGAGAAGAACACAUCCUCGUUCGUAUUCCUCGAGGUCACAAACAGCAGCGGCUGGAGCAAUGAUGGCGUCUCCUGGUUAGUGGGCCUUCUGUCCACCGUCUACCCACUGCUCGGCUACGACGCCGCCUGUCAUCUGUCAGAAGAGAUUCCUCAUGCUUCUAGAAACGUACCUCUUGCCAUGAUAGGCAGUGUGACGGUGAACGGAAUCAUGGGUUUGGGUUACUGCAUCCUGCUCUUGUACUGCACUGGUCCGCUCGACGAGCUCCUCUCAACGCCGACGGGCUUUCCAUUUAUCCAGAUCUUUUACAACGCCACGAAUUCGUACGCCGGGGCAACGAUCCUGUCCCUGUUCGUUAUCAUCAUCGCGAUUGCUGCCACGGCAGCCAUCAUCACAUCAGCCUCCCGUACCUUCUGGGCCUUUGCUCGCGACAAGGGGACGCCGUUCUCAGGCUACUUCGCGCACGUCAAUCAAUCGUCCCAAAUACCCGUCCGCGCGGUUGUUGCAGUCACCGUGGUGCAGAUGCUCCUCGGCUUCAUCUACCUCGGCAACACCACUGCCUUCAACGCCAUCAUGUCCAUGUCCAUCCUCGCCGUCUACGCGUCGUACCUCGUCCCGAUCAUCUAUUUUAUGAUCUACGGACGACCGAAGCUCGCAAAACACCAGCUUGGUCAUUUCAAGUUGCCAAAAACUCUCGGUUUGUGCCUGAACAUACUGUCAUGUUGUUGGUUGGUACUGGCAAUGGUGUUUAGUACGUUCCCGGGCGUUAUGCCUGUAACGCCGCAGAACAUGAAUUACUCAUCGGUUGUGAUGGUGGGUUGGAUGUUUAUUGGGUAUGUGUAUUAUGCCAUAAAGGGGCGCAAGCAAUUUGAAGUGCCGGUAGUUACCAACGAAGCGCGAGGGCUCUGA